CUUGUAUACUAAAGAAGAGAGCGGUAGGUCGCUGUACUUUGUAUUCAAAAAGUCACACCAGUUACACUUUGACUCUCUUCGAUUAGUUAUCAUUUCUUUUGUAACCGCUGCAGAUACUAUACUAACAUUUGGGGCAUAUAACUCAAAGCGUGUGUCAGGGGCAUAGUGGAUUGUUGGAAGUAAAGCAACUGCGAAAAUUUAGUUUAUUUGAAAUUUAUUUAAAGUAAUUGAAGAAUUGCUAAAAUUUUAAGAAAUGAACCAGAAGAAACCUACAAAUUUGUCAGAGCUAACAAAAGCCGAAAUUGCUAAGUGGCUGAACAGCUUCGAUACGGUGCUCACGGAUUGCGAUGGUGUGCUGUGGCAUGAAGGUGUCGCCAUAGACGGUGUACCCGAAGCUAUUACGUUACUGAAAUCGCUCGGCAAGGAGGUGUACUUUGUUACCAAUAAUGGCAUCAAAACGGGUCGUGAAAUCUGGAAGAGAGCUACGUCGUGCGGUUAUGAGAUAGAUGAAAGCCGCAUUAUAGCACCCAUACAAGCGAUUGCUGAGUAUCUGCAGGCGCGUAAUUUCACGAAGAAAGUCUAUAUUAUAGGCGCCGAAGCCAUACGUAAUGGCCUGGCUGCAGCGGGUAUUGAAAGUUUCGGUCCAGGUCCCGAAGUGCUACAGGGCAAAUUAAAUGACUUUAUUGCGCAGCAGGUGGCCACACAAGCAGCCGAUGAUGUGGGCGCUGUUGUUGUCGGCUUCGAUGAGCAUUUCACUUUCGCUAAAAUGUUGAAAGCCUCCAAUUAUAUAUGCUCGAAUCCGGACUGCCUCUUCAUGACUACCAAUCUGGAUACGGUGCAUCGUUAUCCCGAAUACCGCAUACCUGGUACUGGUGCGCUACUGGCCGCUUUGGAGACUUGUGUGGAACGUAAAGCGCUGCAGUUCGGCAAACCGAAUCCGGAAAUUUGUCAGGAACUAAUCAAGUCGGGGAAAGUGGUACCGGCGCGUACACUCAUGAUUGGAGAUGUCUGUAAAGUCGACGUUUUGUUUGGCUACAAUUGCGGUUUCCAAACGUUACUUGUGGGCACAGGCCAUAAUAGUAUAUAUGAAUUGAAUGAAGUGCUGCAGAAUCCCAUUGAAAACCCAGCUUUCAUACCAGAUUACUUCGUGCCUUCAUUGGGUGAUAUAACGAAGCUUAUUUAAGACUACUGAUCGGCACCAUGUAUGAAUGUUUUUGGGGUUGGAGCUGUUUUUAAAUUGUUACUUUAUAAAACUAGAGCCUGUACUAGACAUUUGGAAGAGCUUCUAAUCAUUGAGAGCUUCUAUCACUGGAAAGUUACCCCAAUUUCUCUUACUCCUACAAUUUUUUCUAUGGCUUCCGUUGCAAUAAUCCCUCUUAUGACUAUAUAAUAAAGACUUUCUUUACUAUCUAAGCGAAAUAUACAAAUAAAUACAAUUGUAAUAGAUUAAACGAAUAA